AUGCCCUCUUACGCCGAACUACACCAGAGCCCUCGAGGGCCUGGCGAUGCUCGUCCCACAGCUAUGCAAAUCGUCAAAGACAACGACCUGAUGGCAAGCUGGAAGGCAAAGUCGUGUUAUUCACCGGAGUCUCCUAAGGCAUCGGAAUCGGAACUGCCCGAGCUCUCAAAGCGACUGGUCCUUGAGCUGGACAUGAACUCUCUCGCUAGUGUUCGAGCCUGUGCAAAAGAAUUUCUGUCGAAGAGCAGUCAGCUUAACAUCUUCAUCACCAACGCCGGCAUCAUGAUGACACCCGAAGGCAAGACAGCAGAUGGCUUCGAACCGCAGUUCAGCACCAACCACAUCGCGCAUUUCCUUCUAUUCAAGCUCCUCAAGCCCAAGCUCCUCACUUCCGCCACCCCAGACUUCGGCUCACGCGUCAUCUGCCUGUCCUCCGUCAGCCACCGCGGCAGCGCAUUGGAUUUCACCAGCUCAGACGAAAUCAACUUCGUCAGCAAGCUAUACGACCCUGUUGCUGCCUACGCACAGUCCAAACUCGCGGCGAUCUACAUGGCUAACGAAAUCGAACGCCGCUACAGCACCAACAACCUUCACGCUGUGGUUGCUAAAGAACUGAGAGGGAGGAUGGAGAAGUAUCUCGAGGAUUGUGCGGUUGCUGAGCCGGCGCCUGCUCCGAUGGGAGAUCCUACAAUGGAUAUGGGUGCGCCUGGGUAUGCGGCCUGGGCAUUUAAUGAGGGUUGGAAGAGGGCACUGUGGAAGGUUAGCUGUGGGAUGGUUGGUGUCGAUAAAGAUUGAGAUAACUGCAGUGGUUUGAUCAUAUCGAAAGGAUAGUAGUAUACUCUAGAUGGCUUUUCGAUUUAUCGGAAUACGUUCGAUUGUUUUUUCUGGUUCGCAAAAUAGAGGUGAUUGGACUCGUAUAGGAUUUGGUUUCCGACUCUGCAAGAAAGCCACAAAGACAUCAGCUACAUGUUCAUCCGAACAUGGACAUCACAUAUCAGUGACGGCUCCACUGCAUCUCACAAUCGCUUGCCGCUGUUGCGAGAAGGGCAGCGUGUCGCCUACACCCGCUUAGUCAGCUUUGCCAGGGGUGUAGCUCAUCGUACCCAUGUAGUCAACAGAAUUGAAUGUACUUCAACUCGAGCUUGAUGACUACUCACAUCCAAUGUCCACCUGGCAGAGAUCAGCGAUAGGGCUCAU